CUUGGGCCCAGGCUGUCUGAGUACCAAGGCUGAGCUUGCAUUCGGCGUUCUUUCUGAGAGAGUGGACGCAUUUACAUCUAACUACACAGCUGCAUUAAGCAGAUGCUUGCCACCUUUGCCUCAGUUAAAGCUUUCAUCCAAGCUCCUAGUUCAAGAUAGACAGCAAUUUUAUUCUCCAGAGGACAUUUUGCUUGUUAUAGAGGGGACCAAAUCCCUGGCCACGUAGAGAUGGGAAGAGUCGUCCGUGGCUCUGGUUUGGGGGCACUGCCACGUGGUGACAAGAGCAUGGGGUGACUAGUCACGUUUAUAAAGCCACAAGAUGACUGCAGUCAGGAAGCAGAGAAGAGCUAGCAAGCGGGGCUGGUGUCACCUCGUAAAGGCUUUCAACCCUCCAGAAAUGGCAGCACCAUCUGGGGGCCAAGGGUCCAAUCACACGAGCCAUUGGGGAACAGAAUCACCACAUGGGGGCCAAGGGUCCAAUCACAGGAGGCUAAGGGCACACCUAAACCACCCACCAGGUAUUCGAGGGCUCCAAUCCCCAAAGAGCUUUUUAGCCCAAGCCAGGGCUGUGAGCCCCUAGUGUUGGAGAAUAUAGCCUGUAGGACGUACAUACACACGUGAAUGGUGACACACAGCAGUGUGAGGGUGACCGUGCUCUGGUCUGUAGUGACAGAGUGCGGGGACCCUGGGAAGAGGCUUUCCAGUCAUAUCUUCUGUUCUGAAGCAUGGGAAACAGGAUUCACUCUCUAGGGGUCAAGGAAGGGACGGAGAGCUGCAAGAGCUGCGCGGGGAAAGGGAGAUCUCAAGAGGACCCGUCAGCCUUCAGGGGGUCACCAGGGCUGGGGGCCAGAAGAUGGACAGCACCAUGUGGGUGGAGCCCUGUGGAUGGGGGAGGCCCGUGUUCGAGGGCACCGAGGUGAGACUCUAGUGGGCGCGAGGUGUAAGGGGCGUGGUUCUUACAGACAGGCCUGGGCAGGGUGAACUGCGAGAGUUCUCAAGGGCUAAGUUGUUUCCUCUUGAUGGAAGUUCAGCGGGGUAAAGCCGGGUCCUAGAGGGCUUGCACAACAAGGCUUGAGUGUGGUGAGGAUUGGAACGCCAGCAGCGUCUCAAGGUGAUAUUUUCUCCAUGUUUUGGGGCCAUGGACCCCAGCGGGUGAAAGGUUAAGUGGUCACUGCAGAAGUGGAGAAGGUGAGGUCAAGAACCAAUUAUCCAAGUGACCACCCCACCACUACAGACUUGGAAAGGAGGCACUGUGAGGCCAGUGUCUAGUCCUCUGGGGCUGUCUCCUGCAUGGACAGCCAGGGACAAGGUCAGUGGAGGCUGUAAGCAGAAAACCUGGGACUAAGACCAUUGUGAAAGAGUGAGGCCGAUGGGGCUGUUGUGGGUUAGAAGGCAACCAAGAAACUAAGUCAACAAGGGGGCAUGGUGGUGCUCGAUGACCACACACAGCGAGUUGUCCUCCUCCUCUCGCUUCUCCUCUCGCUCCUCUUCUUUCUCCUCUCCCUCCUCCUCUCCCUUUUUCUCUCCCUCCUCUCCUUCUUCCUCUUUCUCCUCCUCUCCCUCCUCCUCUCCCUCCUCCUCUCCCUCCUCUUCUCCCUCUGCUCUUUCUCAUCCUCCUCUUUUCUCCUUUUCCUCUUCCCCCUCUUCUUCCUCUUUCUCUUCCCCCUUUCCUUCCUUCUCUUCCUUCUUGUCUCCCUUCUCAUCUUCUUCUCCUUCUCCCCAAAAUGUCCAUAGUGAGUUUUCCUUUCACAAUAGACUGAUCUGAAUCAAGGGGCAGGAAAGGACUUGAGCAUCCACAUCAACUGAUGGAACAAAAUGGCAGAGCUAGAAUCCAAGAAGCCACUGGGUCCUUCUGGAAGGCAGAGAACUUCCGGAGUGUAGUUUACUCUGGAAGUGGGAGGUCUGGGUGAGAUGACCUCAGGAGCCCAUGCUGUAGGAGGAAAGAGUCAAGAUGGGGGGAGAUCCCUUCAUCACAGGCAGGCAGGUGAUGCUGUUUUUCCCUAGAGGUCCCGACCCCCGCCUUCUCCAGUGCCUCUCUUUUCCCCGGGAAGUCCAGUGUCCCUGUGACCUUGGAAGGAGCUGCCCGAGACUGUCCAUGCAGCUGGCAUCCACAGCCCUGAGCCACCAGAGCGUGGAGAAGAUGCAGGUGUACCUGAUGCUUCUGCUCAUCAGCUACUUGCUGACUCCCAUUGGAGCUUCCAUCUUGGGGCGCUGCGUAGUGGCUAAGAGGCUCCGUGAUGGAGGCUUGAAUUAUUUUGAGGGCUACAGCCUUGAGAACUGGGUGUGCCUGGCUUAUUUUGAGAGCAAGUUCAACCCCUCAGCUGUCUAUGAGAACUUAAAAGCUGGCUACACUGGCUUUGGCCUCUUUCAGAUCCGAGAUAGCGACUGGUGUGACCAUGGCAAGAACCUCUGCAGUGUGUCCUGCUCUGCGUUACUGAAUCCAAACUUAAAGGAUACGAUCGAAUGUGCCAAGAAAAUCGUGAAAGGAAAAGAAGGGAUGGGCGCGUGGCCCGUCUGGUCCAGGAACUGCCAGUUGUCUGACACUCUGGAGAGGUGGCUGGACGGCUGUGAUCUAUAGCCACCUGGGUGGACCUGCCCCACUUGCCGGCCAUGCCUCAUGACCAC